AUGGCCUUCAUGUGCGUUCCAGUGCGCACUGCAGUCUUCCUGGGUGGACUUAGCUGCGCGGGCCUCGGCCUCUUUCUCUUGCGCUGGCCCCAGGCAGUGGAGGAGGACCGACGGGCUUUCGUGGGCGGCUACUCCGACUGGAGCCGGGCCCUGAUUGACAUCCUCGAGUUGUCAGCCAUCCUUUGGGGCUGUCUUGGAGCCAUCGGCGCCCUCUACAUGAAGGAAAGCUUCCUCCGUGCCUUCUUCUACUACGAGGUGGUUCGUGUAGCUGCCUGGCUGCUGACGUACCUUCUUGAUGCACCGCUGCUCGUAAAUUGCGAGCUCGGAAGGGACGAUCCCAGCGCCUUUGUGGCCCGAUUCGGCCCGAACAAG